UGGCUUCGUCAUUUGUUUGAUCGGAUUCACUCUCGAGUCUCUACCUUCCGAGAGAGCCAUUCUCCUCAAACCGACAAGGCGCUUCACAUUGACGAGUACAGCCGUCAUCACGCAGACAUGUCGGAUAUACCAGAGGAAAAGUCAUCGCUUCGGCCACUACGACUAGAGGUUGAUGCAAGGCAACAAACCAACUCAAAGGUCUCGACAACGGGGCAAGAUCGAAGAGAAGGGCCGAGAAGUACGAACGUGCCAUCGGAGCAGGAUGUUCACGCUCAAGAGAUGGAGCAUCAGCGGUACGGAGAGGCGCAACCGCAGCUGGUGCCGACGGACGUGAUUGAGAUGAUGCUUACGAGCACGGCCAAGGGGCGAAACAAGGACGGUCUCGACAACACUCACCAAACACAAGAAUGA